GUUCGAACCGGACUGUAAUUAAGCUGUGGUUUGAGUUUGGGAUGAGUGUUGUUUUCUGCCCAUCUCAUUUCAUUUCGGCUAGGUUGUGCGUACCAGAUAAGGUAAGCUAAGGUUAUCCGUUAACGGCAGGUGGUUAAGCCGGAUUAUGCAUACGCGGCAUGCGAUGACACAAUUUUUCAGUGAAAUGAACGGCCGGCUCAAUCCUCAAAUGCACCAGCUCCAACCUUGAGCUCCUCGAGCGCGCAAGCCCAAAGCACGACUGCGACGGGGGUAAACACUACUAGCCCCUCCAUGCCACUGGAUGCCACUGGAUGCCACUGAGCAUGCCAGUGCAUGCUUGAGGAUAACAAACCAGAUGGUGACGAAUAUAAAUGCUCAUGGUUGCCUGGGGCUGUGCGUGAUAGGGGUGGACCUAGAUCCUAGCGAGAGGUUCCCAUCGGCGUAGCGGAAGUUUUGGCGGUUAUCCCAUCCCUGAAUACAAACGAAGAGCGCCGAACAGCAUGGCGGCAGCAAGAAUCCGUUCCAGUGGGUUUCACGUCGAACAGCACGGAGAUGGCGUGGCCGAUGUAGACUUCUGCAAUGCCGGCGCCGCCGCUCUGUUGCGUGUCCCCGGAUUCGGAUACCCUGUCAACAUCGAGCGCAAGCCGGACGAGAGGUUCGCGCACGGGGCCAUCGACUGGGCCCAACCGCGCCUGACCGCCCGCGAGAUUGCCAUGCUGCAUCUCAUGAAUUCGAUAACCGACCGUCCCGGCUGGGACGCCGUCCUCGCUGACGGCGACGCUGCUGUUCUUCUCGACUGGCGCGACGAGGCGCUGAAGUUGCCUGCCAUCAGCCCUCCGGCUUGGGAGUGGUGCUUGGAGGAGCUCCGCGACAAGGCGGCUGUGUUCAGGACCGCAGCGUACGUCAACGUCUUAGACUCGGCGUCGCGGAUAUGCAAGUCCGACUCUCGCAUCUCCUCGACCUUGCUGCGAGAGCUGCAGACCAGAGCUGCGUCGCUCCUGGACAAUUGCUCCAUCACGUAUGGCGGCUCCGACCGGCGUGUGCGGAUUCUCGCCGACCCAACCCUCUUCCCCCUCGUCUACGGCCGCACCAAUGUUCUCUCUAGUGGGGGAGAGGUCGGCGUGGAGGACGCCUUAAGCACGGUCGGGACAGGUGUAGUAGCCCCGGCCCAACGGCUCCACCACUGGGGCCACCCGAGGUUUCUCCUCGACCGGACCUGGGGACGCGGCCGCGGAGGAGCGGGUCGAGGGCGUGGUGGCGGCCGUGAUCACUCACAGCGAGGUCCGUGGUUGGGAACCGGCCCUUUCAGGUUUUCGUGCCGCUUCCAGUGUCUCCCUUUUGAUGUCGACUUUGCUGGAGAGGCCGCUUCGGCGACAGAGGUGAAGAUUAGAUCGUACAUCAACAAUAUCCACCCGAUAUUUCACAAGUCGCUCUACCGGACGAUCGAGAAGGUCAUCUCCUUGUCGAUCGAGCCGUGGAACCAAGUCCUUGUCUUCAGGCAGCGCGGUCAUCUGCCGCCACGGAUCUUGACAUACGGCAUUCUAUGGGUGCCCCCCAAACCCGACGAUUGGAUGCAGGAACUGAGGUACAUCGAGCGCGAGUGUGGUAGAGAGAGCGCAGAGUAUCUGGAGGCAAGGAAGGGAGUAGCUGCAUACGUCGCGCUUCCAAACAUGGUCGCCCAGCCGUCUACCAGCAUCCCGGAGGACUGGGAGAAUGAGCUUGGGCUUGAGACAACUGUGUAUACCAAAUAUCUGAUGAUGAGGCAUUGGCUCCAGCCCGAGCCUGGUGUCUCUUUUACGUACCGAGAUUGGAGAGCCGGGAGAGCUGGUACGGCUCUAUUUCCUCCUAGAGACCUGCGCCCUCAGCGAGACCGCACCGUCCCCUUACCCCCCGACGGCGACCAUACCUUCUACACAGUGUCAAUUCAAAAGACAUUCCGGAAGCAAGGACUGCAGGUUGUUGCAAAGGUGGUAAGCGUUGAACUUUCGCCAGAAGAUCCGGUCAGCAGAGAGACCGACUGGCAUGUAGAUGGCAUGCUGAAUGACCAUAUUGUCGCGACUAGCAUUGUCUUUUACGACAGCCACAACGUGACCAUGGCGUCGGGAUCCCUAUCCUUCCGCGUCGAGGCUGACCUUGACUCGUCAAAGCACAUUUACGAGAGCGGGAAGUUCGACGAGCUUGCCAGCGUGUACGGCGUCCAUCCGCCCGACGACCUUGGCCGCGACGGCGCCGGCGGCCGGGCCCUGCAGACGCUGGGCACGGUUGCCACGCCCGACGGCAGGCUCCUCGCCUACCCGAACGUCCUACAGCACCGCAUGGAGCCGUGCGAGCUGCUCGACCGCGCAUGCCCGGGGCGCCGGCGGUUCCUAGUCCUGCACCUCGUGGACCCGCACUACAGGGUCUGCUCGACCAGGAAUGUCCCGCCACAGCAGCACGGGUGGUGGGCUGCGGCGGGGGCGUCCAAGGUCGACUGGGCGAGCCGUGGGGUCUCACAGGAGAUAGCAGAUCAAAUCGCGAACUUGGUUGGAGAGUGGCCCAUGGGAUUUGACGAAGCGCAGAGUCUGAGAGACGAAAUGCUGGAGGAGCAGACGCGGGCCACAGAGGCUGUGCAGGAGAAUGUAGAGCGAUAUACUUUCACUGCCCCUUGAUAGAUUAGUAUGGCGACAGACUACUAUUUGGUGCCGCCCUUGCGAGAGCGGGCAAUCUGGUCAAUUCCAGGCGCUUGCGAGCUCCUUGAAGAUGCCACUAUCCGGCAUUGCUUGGCAGGGGAUAUAGUCGCCCAGGCUCUGGAUCAUGAUGUUGUCACUGGCGACCUGUUCAUUGCUGUCGCUGACGCACAACUUGAGGCAGCGAAAUGCAUAUUGUUGUCGGGGG